UAUCAUAUUUUGGUUAUUUUUGCAAUAAUUUGAUUUAUUUUGCAUUCAGUUGUCAAGAUGACUACUAAUAGCAAAAUCCACAAAAGGAAUCCUCCAAAAUCAGCAUCAACAGAUAAAGAAGGUCAGUUGAAGUUGUACUCACCAGACUAUGCUGUUAAAGUCAAUAGUAAUUACAAAAAAAAAUCAGAUGAUCAAAGCAAGAACAUGAUGGCUAGCAAAAUUCACAAAGGCCCUUCUCCAAAAUCAGCAUCAACAGACGAGGAAGGUCAGUUAGAGCUUUACUCACCAGAAUAUGCAGUAAAAAUGAAUAGUCCAGAGGUUAAGGAAGAAGGGGUGAAGAUGAAACACAAAAAAGAAGGUGAAGAGAAAGAAAAGGACGCAGCUGCUGAGGGUAAGAAAGAAGAUAAUGGUGGUCCGCUGGUGAAACCUUUAGCAGUCAGACUUACUUCUAGGCUUUAGCAUUUAUGUUUGGAUAUCUAAGAAAAUUAGGAAUAUAAUAAACUAUAAAUUUAGUAAUGAGGAUUGGAGCGACGUUACAGUUGUUUUCAUGUGACCUAUAGGGUACUGUUUGCAUUAGGGUGGGCUGUUUAUAUUACACCCUUGGGGUUCGGCCUUUUUCACCUCCUAAAUAUGGGAUACUUUGUGUACCGAGCUUUCUUUUAAUAAACUAGAAAGGUAGAAUUAAUGUGAGUUUCUUGAGUUUUC